AUGAAGUUCUUAGCAAUAUCGUGUUUAGUUUUCCUAACGACGGCAGUCCUUGCUGAAGAGGCGCAGCCGUCAGUGUUACAGGAAUGUUUCGACAAGGAUUCCAUCUCUUGUGUGCAAAUGGCGGUGUUCCGGAAGGCCAAGGAAUUUUUCGAACAGCCAAAAAUUGACUUGGUCGCCGGAUUGUCCGUGGUGAAGGUGGAAGGCGUCGCGAGGUCCGUGGACACUGCUUCUGAUGAAGUGGAGGCCGCUAAGGACGUCGAGGCCCGGUCAAGUGCCAUCGGAUCCUUCGUGGUGGAUCGCCUGGCUGCCUUCUUCCAGGAGCGCUCCCUAAACUGGAACUUCAUGGGCGCCGCCCGAAGCCUGAGCAAUGCCAUUCCCGAGGAUGUCAAGUCUCAAGUGCGCUCCCUGGUCGUUGAGGCGCGUGGCAAGAAGAAGCUGCUGAAGAAGCUCCUGCCUCUGCUCGGCAUUGUCAAGCUAAAGGCUGCUGUCCUGGGAAUCUUGGCUCUGCUCGGCAUCGGUCUCAUCGCUAAGAAGGCUCUGCUCGUGUCCACCCUGUCCAUCCUGCUGUCUCUGGGUCUCCUCCUCAAGAAGGUGCUCUCCAAGAAACUCUCCCUGCUGGGCGGCGGACUUGGCGGCGGGCUUGGCGGUCUCGGCGGCGGCGGCUUCGGAGGCGGACACGACUUCCACGGUGGCGGCGGCGGCGGCGGAUGGUCAUCCGGUGGCGGUGGAUGGAACUCGUACGAGCCCCACUCCUUCGGCGGCAGCGACCUCUCUCACUCCCUCGCCUACGGAGGCCACCACAAAGCCUAG